AUGCAUCCAUUAGUUAUAUAUGCACAUCGUAGACCUGUGACUCAAGUCGGGUUUAAUGGUGAUGGUGAUCUACUAUUUACUAGUGGUAAGGAUAAUGGUAUGUGUGUAUGGGAUUCCUAUACUGGUGAAAGAUUGGGUACUUAUGAACCACAUAAGGGUGCUGUAUUCUCAUUCUCUUGUACAUAUGAUUCUACUAGAUUGGUAACAGGAUCAGGUGAUCAAUGUAUACGAGUAUUCGAUGUAUUAAGUGGUAAUUGUUUGGCUGAGGAAAUGGUAAAAGGUGUAGUAAGGAGUGUUGAAUGGUGUACUAAUCCUAACAAACAGAACCGUUUCGUAGCCUGUCGAGAUCAGUUUGUAUCUACGCCUAACUCUGUUAGUGUAUGGGAAUAUGAUGAUGAUGAUCAUAAGCUAAGCGUGAAUAUGCAGAUAA